AUGGCCCCUUCUUUAUUCCUUGUACUUGUACUACUCAUCUCAACAAGCCAAUGUUCUGCAACUCUGCAAGAUAAACAACCUGAUCUAAUAGAGAAAUCCUGCUCAAUAAUCGUAGGAUAUGAAGACUGCGUGAGAAUCCUCAGAUCAGACCCUCGUGCCAUUAAAGCAACCAACGUCAAAGAGCUAGCUUACAUCAUUCUUGAUCUCUGCAUAGCGAACGCCACAGAGACUCUUCGAGAAAUCCCAAAGUUGCAAGAGAAGUACAAGAAAGAUGGACAAAUUGAGGAAGCUCUACGAAGGUGUGCCGUGGAAUAUGAGAGUGCUGACAAAGUUUAUUUUCGCAAGGCUGUUGAGCAACUAGGGACUAAGUCUUAUCGUGAAGCACAGAAUUCAGCACACGUCGGAGGUGCAUUAGGUACGAGUUGUGAACAAGAAUUUUAUUUCCAGGCACCAGAAUUCUCACCUUUAUGGCUCAGGAAUCAUGAUUUGGCAGUUCUUGGUACUGUUGCAGAAGGCAUUGUUUCCCUUCUUCGUUUGAAUAAAUCUUAA